AUGUUUUCGACAUCUAGUAAUUUGCAUGCACAUCAAAAAAUUCACUCAGGGAUCAGAAAUUAUGUUUGUACUCUUUGUCGACGUGCAUUCAAAUCAUCUACAGAAUUGGCAAGUCAUGCUGGUACUCACACAGGAAUUAAAAAUCAUAUCUGCAAAAUUUGUGGAAAAGCCUUUUAUAAAACAUCUUACCUUAAUGUACAUAUGCGUACUGUACACAUAGGUGAAAAAAGACAUAAAUGUAGGGAAUGUGGAAAAGAAUUUUCUAAUAGUUCAAACUUAACAUGCCAUUUUCGUAUCCAUACGGGUGGUGAAAAACCUUUUUGUUGCACAUUUUGUGAUGCGAGGUUUAAUCAGUCUUCAGCACUUCAAAGGCAUUUGAAACAGCACAAUGGUAGCAAACCUCAAAAAAAAUACUCAACUAGAGUAAAUCCUCCUAGUGAAAAUAUAACAUACUCUCAAAUACCUAUGCAAUCUUCAAAUAUUUUAAAAUGCAUGAAAACAAGAUUUAGUACCAAUGGAUUUGCAGCUAGUUACAAACGACAACACAAAUAUUAUGCCCACAGAUUACACAAAACAUAA